UCUGCCCAAGCGGCAAACAUAAACCAUACUGUUUUUUUCAGGCGUUAGCUCAAUGCUUAUUAUUAGUUUCUGUUGACAUCAAUGACGUCAUCAGCAGGAUUUCCAAUUCGUCAUUUUCAUCAGAUAAGUGUUGAUGUAUUAGUGCGUAGUAGAACCCAGUAAUAUUUCAAGAUUUUUCCUAAAAAAAUUAUAUUUUAUACUGUAAGCACUAAGUAUUAAUAAAUAAAUAUAUCAAGUGUGAUAACUAUAGAAAAAAAAAAAAAUUAAAUAAAAAUGACGGCUGCUAAAUUCAGUUCGGCCAAAUCUGAAGCAGAAUCUCCAUUGCUAAGGAAUCACAGAUAUCGAAAGCAAAUAUUCGAUUCGAUAAAUUCCAUAGAAAUAUUUCGAAACUGCCCCUCGCUGAAUCGCUGGAUAAUAAGUUUUUUCUAUUUCACGGUAAUAAUGGUCCUAAUAUUCCUUCUCACUCCACCCGUGUUAGUUUUGAUCUCGAUACUAUCAACGAUAUUCAUGUUCGCCAUUGUCGCGACUAGAGGAACACUUUUGUCGAUGACUUCUGGCCUGAACCCAAACUUUAUGCUGGAAUGCUACACUAAAGAAGACUCUCUCAGAGAUAAAUUUGGAAGGACAAACGUCGUAUGGUCAGAAAAAAGCCAAAUAAUGUGGAUAUGGUGUUUAAUUAUCGUAUACACCCUUCCCGAAAUGAUAAAUUCAUUCGUAUGCUUCAGAAAAGCUAAAAAUAAGCCUUCGACUGGACAAUUUUUGUCAGUAAUCAUUCCAGAAACUUUCCAUACUAUAGGAAUUGCCUUGAUGAUCUUUCAAGUACUGCCGAAACUAGAUUUCAAUUAUUUCGUUUUGUUCCUAAUUUGGUGCGUGAUCGAGUGGGGAUUGCACACCCCGAUAUCGACGAUUUAUGAAAUUAAAAAUAUCAAGCUCAAGAGUUUGCUGAUCGUGGCCGACAUUGUGGUUUUGGGGAUUUUCUUCAAUUUCACGAUUUUCAAUCCGUUUGAUAGAAUCGAUCGUAAUAAUUACGACUGCUGGAUUGCUAUCCUGGCGAUGGCUUUAAUCCAUGGCGGACUUUGGCAAGAUGUGUCAAAUUCUACUUUCAGUUUUACUGGUAAUCUCUCCCCGUUUAUAAAAGCUCGUGAAAAAUUGGAACCCGUGAAAGAUUCAAUUUUCGCAUGGGUAUCACUUUGGAAAAUAAUAAUUUUCAUUGUUAGUUCAUUUAACAUAUACGCAAGUAGUCACGGCAACAUAACAGAACUCUUCACAAUGGUCGGACCUGCAUUCAGUGACUAUAUAAUAUAUUUGGUUUCUUCUAACUAUGAUUCUCCAAUAGUAUUAUAUUACGAGAGUGCACGUUUUCCAAUUUUCAUCGUGUCAUUUCAAAUUAUUUUAUCUCUUUUAGUAAAUAUGAAACCUAACAGUUUAAUUUUGCGUUUUUUCCACGGCUUCGAUUUUCGAUCUCGCUGGGGAUUAAAUCUUCCGGUGUUUUUCGGUAUCGCAUACGUACUCUGGUUUGAAUACAUCCGAGGUUUCUACUGCAGUUCGUUGUACAAUGUGGACACGUUCGAGCACUUGACUGAUGUUCUAACGGAAGUGAAACCCUACAGAGAAAUCAUUAAAAUUUUCUCUUUCAACUCUUCGGAAAACUGGGACGCGCUUUUACUAAAAAUUUCUUGCUGCUGGAUUUUACUGCACUUCCUUUUCCGAUCACGAGUAAACGCCGUUAUGAAGAGUGAAGAUCUCGAAAAACCUGAAGCUAAAACCCCGCAAGAAGUUGAAGUCUAUGUGAUUUUAGAAAAUGAAAAGGUUAAAGAAGAAAAAAAGUUGGAAUGUUGAUUGAGAAGAAUUUUCUUUAAUAAAUUUGAAAACUCGGUCGAAAAUUACCUCAUAAAAUAUAAGUAAACGUCGUUAAUUUUUUGUAUAUUUAUGUAAAAUACAUAUGUCGGUCAUAUAAUUAUAUUUUAUUAUUGUGUGAAUAAAAGAUAAAAUUUGUAAUAUAAGUUUUUCAUAGUCGGAAAUUUUCCGGACUUUUGUCUGGUUCUAGAGUUCUAAAGACUUUUUCAGAGAAAAUUCGGAAAAAUUUCCACCAGGAAUAAAAAACAAAGUUCGGCAAGAAAUUAUAGAAAUCCUUUAAAAUCUUGAUUAUAUUUUCUGGUAAACUCUCAUAUGGAUUUUUUCGGUUAAAACUUUUGUACAUUUCCCAGAGAUGGCGCCCAAUUUCCUGAAAAGUAUGAAUAAUAGUGUGUUCGCCUGACUUAAAACAUAUUUAUAAUUAUGUAACCUAAAACCCCGAGCUAAAAAUAUAUAAAUAUAAAUACAGUUUUAGUCAACUUCGGCGUGUUAGUCUCAGCUUCAGCUUCACCAUCUACUGUCACUAAGUGAAUUUCUUAAGAUCGUAUAAAAAAUUUUUAAACAAGAUGAUGACUGAUAUUGGAGAAGCUGCUGCCGCAGAAGUUCAACAAAAUGCGUCUGAAUCGGACGAAAUUCUCAAAGUAUCUAUGGACGUUGAUAAAUUAGCCCAGGGUUUAUUAGAAGCCUAUCAGCCACCUCUGGAACAAAUUGGCAAGGAAUUACAAGAAAUAUUAAACAAACAAGACAUAUUAGAUAAUAAAAUGCAAGUAGAAAACCAACAUCUUGCCGCUACUGCUGCAGAUGACGAAUGCUCAGCGAUGUACAUAACAGUAAAAGCUUAUCAAGAAAAAUUGAGUAGAAUAAAAAGAGAAAUGGCGUUAAUUCAUGAAAGGACGACAAAACUUAAGAAACGUGCAAUUUAUCUGCAACAAGUAAAGCAAAAACAGGCACUGGCCAAAGAACAAAAACGAGAGGAAGAACUUAGAAGAGAACAAGAACUGAUCGGGAAACCGUCGCCUUAAUUAUAAGCGAAGAGAAAAAUAUUUUUUUAUAUUUAAUUAUUGAAUUUAUAUGAAAAAGAUUUAAAAGAGGGUAAUUUUUAUAAAAUAUUUAUAUUUAUUCCUCUUAGUA